AUGCAGCGUGCUCUCUCUUCUCGGACUUCGGUCCUCUCUGCCGCUUCCAAGCGCGCUCCUUUCUACAGAUCUACCGGUCUCAACCUCCAGCAGCAGCGUUUCGCUCACAAGGAGCUCAAGUUCGGUGUUGAAGCUCGUGCCCAGCUCCUCAAGGGUGUUGACACUCUUGCGAAGGCGGUGACUUCGACGCUUGGUCCCAAGGGUCGUAACGUCCUCAUCGAGUCUCCUUAUGGCUCUCCCAAGAUCACCAAGGACGGUGUGACCGUGGCCAAGGCUAUCCAGCUUCAGGACAAGUUCGAGAACCUCGGUGCUCGCCUCCUCCAGGAUGUCGCUUCCAAGACCAACGAACUCGCCGGUGACGGUACCACCACUGCUACCGUUCUCGCUCGUGCUAUCUUCUCCGAGACCGUGAAGAACGUUGCUGCCGGCUGCAACCCCAUGGACCUCCGUCGCGGUAUCCAGGCCGCUGUCGAUGCCGUUGUCGACUACCUCCAGCAGAACAAGCGCGACAUCACCACCGGUGAGGAGAUCGCCCAGGUCGCUACUAUCUCCGCCAACGGUGACACUCACGUCGGUAAGCUCAUCUCCACUGCCAUGGAGAGAGUCGGCAAGGAGGGUGUCAUCACCGUGAAGGAGGGCAAGACCCUCGAGGAUGAGCUCGAGGUCACUGAGGGUAUGCGUUUCGACCGUGGAUACACCUCUCCUUACUUCAUCACCGACCCCAAGGCCCAGAAGGUCGAGUUCGAGAAGCCCCUGAUCCUCCUCUCUGAGAAGAAGAUCUCCGCCGUCCAGGACAUCAUCCCCGCCCUCGAGGCCUCCACCACUCUCCGUCGCCCUCUCGUGAUCAUCGCUGAGGACAUUGAGGGUGAGGCCCUUGCUGUCUGUAUCCUGAACAAGCUCCGUGGUCAGCUCCAGGUCGCCGCCGUCAAGGCCCCUGGCUUCGGUGACAACCGCAAGAGCAUCCUUGGUGACCUGGCUGUCCUGACCAACGGUACCGUCUUCACCGACGAGCUUGACAUCAAGCUCGAGAAGCUGACCCCCGACAUGCUCGGUUCCACCGGUGCCAUCACCAUCACCAAGGAGGACACCAUCAUCCUCAACGGUGAGGGCAGCAAGGACUCCAUCGCUCAGCGCUGCGAGCAGAUCCGUGGUGUCAUGGCCGACCCCACCACCUCCGAGUACGAGAAGGAGAAGCUCCAGGAGCGUCUGGCCAAGCUUUCCGGUGGUGUUGCCGUCAUCAAGGUCGGUGGCGCCUCCGAGGUUGAGGUCGGUGAGAAGAAGGACCGCGUUGUUGACGCCCUGAACGCCACCCGUGCUGCCGUCGAGGAGGGUAUCCUCCCUGGUGGUGGUACCGCCCUCCUCAAGGCCUCCGCCAACGGCCUGAGCGACGUCAAGUCCGCCAACUUCGACCAGCAGCUCGGUGUCAGCAUCAUUAAGAACGCCAUCACCCGCCCUGCUCGUACCAUUGUCGAGAACGCCGGUCUCGAGGGCAGCGUCAUCGUUGGCAAGCUGACCGACGAGUUCUCCAAGGACUUCAACCGUGGCUACGACAGCUCCAAGAGCGAGUACGUCGACAUGAUCGCCACCGGUAUUGUCGAUCCCCUCAAGGUUGUCCGCACCGCCCUGGUUGACGCCAGCGGCGUUGCCUCCCUCCUCGGUACCACCGAGGUUGCCAUUGUCGAGGCCCCUGAGGAGAAGGGCCCUGCCGCUCCUGCUGGCGGCAUGGGUGGCAUGGGCGGUAUGGGCGGCAUGGGCGGUGGUAUGUUCUAA